CAGUCCCCGAGGCCCCGUGGGCGGUGAGCGUGCGCUCCGGCGCCAGCGGUGCGGUCUUCGUGUCGUGGAUGCCGCGCGGCACGGGCGGCUCCCCCGUCAGCGCGUUCCGCGUCGAGUGCCGGCGCGUGGGCCGUGGCGCCGGCAAGUGGAAGGAGGCCGCGUCCGGCAUCCCGCCCGCCAAGCUCGCAGUGCAGAUCGACGGCCUCGCUGCCGGCUGGGCGUACUGCUUCCGCGUGGCGGCGCUGAACGCGCACGGCGAGAGCCCCUGGAGCGUCCCCUCCACGCCGUUCUAUCUCUCGGGCUCCCCCGGGGGGGCGUCCGCCUCCCAGCGAAUGCUCGCCGCCCCCCACAUCUCCGCCACGAAGGCCGUGAGCGACACGUCCAUUCGCAUCACCUGGACCUUUCCGUCUGCCGCAGCUCCGGCGCAGCCCGUGCAGAAGGUGACCGUCUACUACCGCCCCACCGACUGCGACAACGAAGAAGACUACCACAAGAAGAUCCUGCACGGUGAGCGCCUCGGCGGCACCCGGCACGAGCCACCGCCGUCACAUCGGCUUAGAGCUCUGCGGGAUGUUUAGAGUUUGAGGGACGUCACGUGUGAGCGGCCCUCGCGCUGUGCAAGUUGUACGCAGGUGAACGCCGUUCCAGCUACAGACGCAG